GUAUUCACUUAGCGUUGGCUUCGGGGAGGAGCUAAGCAGUGAGUGUAGUUCUAUGGAGGAGGCUUGUGAGCCUUAGAAGCCCGGGAGCUUCUUUUGCUGUGCGCCCUGCCGGUGCUUCUUUACCUAUCGCUGUCUGAAAACUGUUUCCGCUGCGGAAGUGUUGGUCUACACAGAGUGCAGUGUCGUUGCUCAGAAUUAAUCUUAGCCUCCUCUCCCUGUCCUUGGCAGGUGAUUUACAGGCUUUGAAGGUGUCCAUCUGUUCUGACUUGGGAGGGUUUAUCCAGUCUUGAAAAUACACCAUGGACGACUUUGAACGUCGCAGAGAACUCAGAAGGCAGAAACGAGAGGAGAUGCGCCUAGAAGCAGAAAGAUUAGCUUAUCAACGGAAUGAUGAUGAUGAGGAAGAAGCUGCCAGAGAACGCCGCAGGCGAGCCAGGCAGGAAAGACUGCGGCACAAAGAAGAUGAUGACAUAGAUAAGCCUGAAGUCAAUGCAGAAAACAACAUUGGAGAAGAAGAGACUAAGAGUACUACAACAACAGUUACCACAGUUAGGACCACUCAAGGCGACGGAGAUGACGAUGCCUUGUUCUUGGAGAGGAUGGCCAGGAGAGAAGAAAGGCGCCAGAAACGUCUUCAAGAAGCCCUGGAGCGCCAAAAAGAAUUUGACCCGACAAUUACCAAUGAGAGUUUGUCGUUUACCAGCAGCAAAGUGGUGAAUAAUAUUGAAGAAAAUGAGACCCCGGAAAAGGAGGAGAAGAUGGAAACCCACAGAAGACACUAUGAGGUGGAGGAAACUGAAACCAUCACCAAAUCAUACCAGAGGAAUAACUUGAGGCAAGAUGAGGAAGAUGAGAAGAAAGAUGAAGACGACAAAGAGGAGAUGCAAGACAGCCAGCCAAAGAAGAGAACUGUAGAGGAUAACCAGGUAGAGGUAAUAUUAGAAAAGAAAACCGUAGACAAUGAGGAGGAAGCAGUAGUAUCAGAAGUAAAAGAUCUUGAGGUGAAUGCAGAUGAGCAAAAAGUAGAGAACGAUACAAGUGCCCUGGAGGCCAUAAGCAUCACAGUAGCCUUAGAUCAAAAAGAAAAUGAGGAUGAUCAGGGUGAAGCAGAAAAGAACAAAAGAGAAGAGCAGGAGAGACUAGAGAGAGAGGAAGAGGAGAGAGCUAAAGCAGAGGAGGAGAGGGAGAGGCUUGAAGCCGAGCAGAGGGCCGCUGAGGAAAAAGAGAGGCUAGAAGCAGAAGAAAGGGAACGAAUUAAAGCAGAAGAAGAACGGAAAGCUGAAGAAGAGAGAAAAAGAAUUGAGGCAGAGCAAAAGAGGGCAGAAGAGGAGAAGGAGAGGCUUGAAGCAGAGAAAAAGGCAGCUGAGGAAAAAGCCAGGCUAGAAGCAGAAGAAAGGGAACGGAUUAAAGCUGAAGAAGAACGGAGAGCUGAGGAGGAAAGAAAGAGAAUAGAGGCAGAGGAGAAGAAAGCUGCUGAGGAGAAAGAGAGGCGGGAGGCCAAGGAGAGGGAAAGGAUUAAGGCAGCUGAGGAAAGGGAAAGGGCAAAGGAGAAGAGGGAGGCUGAAGAACGGGAGAGGGCUAAGAAAGCAGCUGAAGAAAAAGCUAAACUGGAAGAGGAAAGGUUAAAGGCAAAGCAAAAGCUGGAUGAGAAAAAGGUAGAUCAGUUGAAAGGGAAAAAAGGAGAAGAGAAGAAAAUAGAAGACAAGCAGGUAAAAGAGAAGAAAGUACAAGAAGAAAAAUCCCCAGCAGCUUCCCUAAGAAAACAGGGGGAAGAGAAAGAGGUUAAAGUGGAAGCUAAAAAGGACAAGCUACAAGAUGAGAAACUUCGGCCUGGCUUCCGGAAAGAGGAGCAGAUAAAAGACAGUAAGGUCAACAAGGACAGAGCCCCCAAGGAAGAGGCUAGACCUGCUUGGGAUCGUAAGAAGGGAAUUCCUGACUCAAAGCCACAGAAUGGAGAGCGCUUUCCAGAACUCCCCGCUCACAAACUUAAGCAUACGGAGAAUGCUUUUAGCCGCCCAGGCUUCAAAACUACCCCAGAAUCUGAAGAAGCCAAGUCUCACGUAGAGGCAGGGAAACGGGUAGAGGAGCUGCGCCGUCGUCGAGGAGAAAAUGAAAGCGAAGAAUUUGAGAAGAUGAAGCAGAAGCAACAGGAGGCAGCUGUGGAACUGGAGGAGCUGAAGAAGAAGCGGGAGGAGCGCCGGAAGAUUCUGGAAGAAGAAGAGCAGAGGAGGAAGAAAGAAGAGGCAGAAAGAAAAGCUCGGGAGGAGGAAGAGAAGAGGCGGUUGAAGGAAGAAAUUGAGAGGAGAAGGGCAGAAGCUGCUGAGAAACGCCAGAAGAUGCCAGAGGAAGCCCAAACUGAAGAUAAGAAGCCAUUUAAAUGUUUCACCCCUAAGGGUUCCUCCCUCAAGAUAGAAGAACGUGCAGAGUUCUUGAAUAAAUCUGCCCAGAAGAGUGGUAUGAAACCCACUCACACGACUCCAGUUGUCUCCAAGAUAGAUAGCAGGUUGGAGCAAUACACCAGUGCAAUCGAGGGCACUAAAGCCGCAAAGGCCCCCAAACCAGCUGCCUCCGACCUCCCAGUUCCCGCUGAAGGGGUCCGUAACAUCAAGAGCAUGUGGGAGAAAGGCAAUGUCUUCUCAUCACCCUCUGGGACAGGAACAUCCAAUAAGGAAACGGCUGGACUGAAGGUCGGUGUCUCCAGUCGCAUCAACGAGUGGUUAACCAAGACCCCAGAAAACAGCAAGUCACCUGCUCCCAAACCAUCCGAUUUAAAACCUGGAGACGUAUCCGGAAAACGCAACCUCUGGGAGAAACAAUCAGUUGAGAAAGCCAGUUCUCCCACAAAGGUGACAGCAGGGAAAAAGGCAGAGACCAAUGCAGGUUUGAGACAAUUUGAAAAAGAACCCUAAGGAAGCUGUUCAUGAUGCUGGACCAACUUGCUUUUUUUUUUUUUUAAAUGGAAGUGCUAAAUCUGUCCCUUUCUUUUUAUAUAUAUUUAUGUUUGUUUACCAAAGGCCUUUUUGGGGGGGUUGGGUUCUUGCUGUUGCUUCAUUAUCCCAGUUUUUUUAAAAAAAACAUGUAUAUGAGCACUCUAUUUAAUAAUCAGACUUAAAACGUUCAUCGUAAUAGUAGUGCCUUACGCCUAAAAGGAAGCCAUGCUGUGAAAAACAGGAGACACUUCUACCGAUUCGUUUUAAAAAAAACUGUGGGUCCGAACAAGACGUAUGUGAAGCCGGAGAAGAGGAGCCGGAGGUCCCAUUGACUGGAAAAUUAAUGGGCCAGGUUGAUCCAAGUAGCCAGUGGGUGUUUUUCAAAGGGAGAGGUGCAGCUAAGCUCUGCCAUUACCAGCUUACUUAACACAGAAAGAUCGGUUACACUCUCCUAUUGGAACCUCCUAUGUAAAUCCACUGUGUGCAGAGGCCAUGGCACGCCAUUACUGUCAUCUCUGGUGGCAUGCCAUUUCCAUGCAUGAAUGCACGUGUUGCCCUCCUUGUUGACUGCAACCCCAGUUGCUUCAGGGAUAGAUAUCCUGAAUCCAGACUGAUCUCGGGUCCCUGCGUGAACAGAACGUUGAACUACGCUUUGGGCUUGGUCCAACCUGGCUCUUAGGCAUUUAGGAAUUUUAUUACUGAGUUGUCACAUGUAAUCAGGCGUUCAUGAGCAUUACCCUCUUGAUCCUUGAAGGCCGUGUACAUGGUGGAGAUGACUGGAUUCAGGUGUGCUUCUCCGCUCUUCAAAAAGGAACGUGGAAAAGAGGGGCAUAGGAAAUAGGAACUGUGGAUCCCUCCAUUCACUUCUAUGGAACAUCAGAUGCAACAGACCCCCAUUCUUUCUUUCUGCACUUUAGACUAAGGCAUGGAAGAAACUCCUUUAGUUGACCAUUUCCCUAUUGUUUAUCCAUGUCAAAUGUGCAUCAAGAUGAAACAGGUUUUGUAAUUUUUUUAAGUAAUCUUUUUUUUCUAUUUAGUUUAACUUAAUAACCUAAAUUUGGACGAUUGCAGUUGACAGUGGUACUAAUUAACUUCCCCCCCCCUCUCUUACUCUCUUUGGUUAGCUGCAAUUUUAGAAAAUAUACCUAUAGCUUUACAAAACUUAGCUCAAAGGCACUUCUAAUAGUAGGAGGCUUUGAAUACCUGCUAGAGUGCUAUAUUUAGUUAUAAAGUUACAUAACUAGCCAAUAUCACAACUCUUUUUUUUCCUAAACAAAACACACUUUUUAUAUUAAGGUUUCAUAAUUGCCAUAGAUGUAUUGGCAAGAAAAGUAUUAGAAUUUUUUUUAAAAGAAAUCAGAGGCCUGUGAAUGGGCCUGUGGAUUAAAAUUAUAGUUUUAAAGAGGGAUGGAAAAAAGGGUAUUAAGCGUCAGGCAUAGGUCACAUGUAUAAAUCAAUGUAGCUAAUUUAUAUAAAACUACCAUAAUUAACACACACAAGAUGCACGCACACUCAGUUGGUGAGACUUCUUUUCUACUUUACUGCACACUGAUAUUUGCCCUUUUAUCAAGUUUAUAUGCAUUGCACACUGUUUUAAAUACGUGGACAUAAUCCAUCCACUUGUGGGUGCAGCCACAUACAUAGGUGAGGAUCAGCAGCCGUCUGGAUUGCUAUUCCUCAUCUAUAGGGGAAGCCAAGAGAUUCCUCCUCUAUAUAACAUCUAGCUGCUUCUUUCCUGCUCAGGACUCCUGCUAAGGCACUCUAGCAUGCCUGUGAAGCCAAGGGCAUGCCAGUGUAUAGGAAGGGCAGAAGGAAGGCCCCAGUCAAUCUUGUGCUGAUUUGUUCCCCAUAAGCACAGGUGCAUUGGGAGAUGAUGGUGAUGUGGAGAGGCCAGGGGUUGAUGUCCCCAAGUUUUCCGCCCAGAAGUUCUUCCUUACAGCCAUAUUAUUCAACUUGUAUAUAGCAACCACAAGUGAUGUUUGUUUUUUAAGAUAAGAAUUUACAUACCACAUUAUGUUCAGCAUUUACACCGUACAGUACAUUCGUGGAGUAACAUGGGUAGCACAGUUUAGUUAUAGUUAAAAUUUUAUAGCCAAACCUCAGAUGCAGUUAUAGUUUGAGAACUGUUACUCUCUUGUUACCGCUUUCAUUUUUGUUGCAUCUAUCUAUAUGUAUUUUAAAGAGAUAAGAUGAUGUGGCACUAUCCAGAAGCCAAUUCCUCUGCUUCCCUAAACUGUCUUGUUUACAUAUUGACAUUCACUUGGGCUUUUGGAAUGGAGUGAAAUCAUGCAGCGAGUGACUUUGGGUUUGUCUCUUCUCGUUGCUUGGUUGUUAUUUUUAAGACACUUUUUGGAUUCUUUACAUCUGAGUAUCUGCAAUAAAACCUAUGUUGAAUUUGCAAGUCACAAUAAAUGGGAGUAUGUCUACCAGAAA